UGUUUUUUUACUACAUAUGUUUUGUGGAUUAUACCAUGCCGGAAUACCAUUGAACGGAUGUGACAUCAUUUUUGGAAAUAUACGCUAAACAUAAUGGCGACCGUGUUGAAGCGACAGAGGUCACGUCGCCGGGUAGCUGCUUUAACGUUUCUAUCUAAUAUAUCACUUGAUGGGACACAUAGAGAUACUAGACUUGGAAUAUUCAAUCUCAGUUUCCAGCCAUACCAAAUGAACAAUGAAUCAAAUACGAACACACCGAAAGAAGAGGUAAAAGAAAAUGUAAAUAACACAAUUUCACACGCUAGCAACGGCAUUGAAACUAACUGUCAAUGUGACUGUGAGACUGCCACGGAAAGGCAAGAAUAUCGUCAGGCGAACCGGGAUGUAGCAACGGAACAUCAGAGCAUUAAUUCCACGAAACAUGAUGAAGGGAAAUUUCCAACCGCUACUACUACUACUACUACUAGUACUAGGUCUUUAUCUUCGUCUAGCGUCAUAAGUCACAACUCGAAGGAGAAUGAAAAGACAGCUGGUACAAUAGCUGAAAUACGAACAAGAAUUGCUUCGUUUAGUCAACGCAAGAAACAACUCAUUCAUCGGCUCUCUUCUCAAGAACAACAUAAAAUUGUAGCAAGUGAAAGUUCGGAGAGCAUAGGUGGAGAUAUUAACCACAGUAGGAACACUUCUAGCAGUUUAUCAGACUCGUCCGGGUCAGGUUUGGAGAUUCGGUAUCUGAGGAAUUCCAAAGGCCAGCAAAUCAAAGAUGAAAGAGUUGUCCUGGUUUCUGCACAGAAAGUUCCUAUUGUUAUUUUCUCUUCUCUUCCAUUUAAUCGAAGAGCUAGUCAGUGGAAUACUCGUGGAGAUUCUAAGCAAGAUGGAGGGAGGAGAAGACAAAUAUCUGGAAAUCGCCAACUGUCAGUUAUUAAUGAUAGCCUUGAACAACUAGACCUACUUCGUUUGAUGGGGUUUGAAAGACCAGAAGAUGGACAGGAUAUCUCAUUUAGCCACCUACUGACACCUUCUCACUACUACUUACAACGACGAUCUAAGUCACAAGAUACGGAACAAUGUGGACAUUCAAAUUUUCAGUUUCAUUUUAAUCGGUGUUACUCUUACGACCCUUCUUUGUCUACAGGAGCUUGUCCACACCCGUCAUCCCCAGGAGUUACAUCAGAUAAAAAGAUGGAAUAUAUUUAUGGCCUCAGCUCUUACUCUGACCUUACAAAACUUCCUUAUAAUCCUCAUCUACUGGAUGAUCCUGAACUUGUGACUGGGAAGCACAGCACUGUGUUGACAUUUCCUUCAUACAUUACAUCUGUGAUUGAUUAUGUGAAACCAUCUGAUCUGAAGAAGGAGCUCAACGAAAAGUUUCGUGAACGGUUUCCACUGAUUCAGUUGACAUUAAGCAAACUUCGAAGCCUGAAACGGGAAAUGUACAAGAUCGCUAGACAAGAGUGUGGAAUUGAUCUGCUCACGGUGGCUCAGUCAUAUGUCUAUUUUGAAAAGUUGAUCUUAAAGAUGUUGGUGAGUAAACAUAACAGAAAACUCUGUGUCGGUGCUUGUUUACUUCUCUCAGCCAAACUUAAUGAUGUCAAGGGUGCUGAUCUCAAGACUCUAUUGGAGAAAAUUGAAUGUGGAUUCCGUCUUAACCACAAGGACCUCCUAAAUGCAGAGUUUGGAGUUCUGGUUGCAAUGGAGUUUUCACUGCACUUGCCAACUUGGGAAAUUUUUCCUCACUAUCAACGCCUCCUUUAUGAAUCCUGACGAUAACUUUCCAGCAGUUUUUGUCAGAUACAAGCUGGAUAUUGAUUUAGAACACUUCACUUUAAUAUAAUAAAGAUUGAAAGUUGGGAGUAUAGUGCAUAAUUUUUGAUAUGUAUACGAGUGUUGUAUUUUUUAUUGAUAGCAUCAUUCCCAGAAAAUUUGUUCUUCAUUGUACAAGGUUGUGAAGAACGGUUUUGAAAGAACAGAAAUUGUGUGGUGUCUUGCUGUCAAAAGAGUUGAAGAGUCAAAACUAAAAAUUGAAUUUUAUCUAUUUGCUGCUAAUUAGCAGUGACUCAGAAAAAACUAGAAUCAAUUUUUCAAGGAAAAAGAAAGGAAAUAUUCAUUUCAGUUAAACUCAUGAAUAAAUGUUAUGGAGGUAUUCUAGAUAAGACUGUUAAAAUACUGACUUUACAAUAGUGUAUGAAUCAGAAGUGAGCAUGCUACAUUAUUUCUAGAUUUUUUGUUGACCAUUUUGGGUGGUUCUCCUCAACUCUAGUGAAAAGUUGAAGAUAUUAUUUAGAAUUCCAAUGAUUUUUUUAAUGAGUUUUGUGUAAGCACACAAGUGUCCAAUUCACAAAUAUGAAAACCAUAACUCAUAUUAUAGAGAAAUCAACUGGAGAUAUGACAAGAAUGACUUCAUUUUAUCAGAAGAUAUGGAAUUAUAUAGAUGAUUUACAAUAAUAUAUAAAACUCGUGAGGUAAAGUUUCCUGUAAAAAAAACUGUCCUAAAUAUUUGAUUCUUGUUAAAAUUGUUUUAAGUUCAGUGAACUUGAUAAAUAAGGUUUCUUGUAUAAAUUAUUGUACAUGGUGUAAGCUCAUUAAGGUAUGUUUUUUAAAAGUUAUGUUACUUGUUUUAAGUAAUAAAUGUGAUUUGGGUGUAAGAAUAGUAUUGUUUAAAAUUUCAAAGUGAAAUCAUAGUUUACAAGAACUUUUAUCAAACAAAUAGGAAUAGGUUUUAUUAUCACAUGUAAAAAAUUCUAAAAAAUAGUUUACCUUUCAUAAACAUGAGACUAUUACACUGUUUAAAGAAGUGAAGUCUGGUAAAUUUCGAGAUAGCACUUUUUUUUACAGGUUCUGUAUCAUCAAGUUGUGUUUAUAUUGGUUUUGCUGCCAACAUCGACAGAAAGCUAGAUUAGGAAGUAGGGUGAAAUCUGAUUGUUUGGAAGUAGUUGAAUGCAAAAUUAGAUCACUAGCUAAAAGUACCUAGGGUUACAUGCAAAAUUAGAUCACUAGCUAAAAGUACCUAGGGUUACAUGCAAAAUUAGAUCACUAGCUAAAAGUACCUAGGGUUACAUGCAAAAUGUAGUUGUAAAAAAAAAGAUUUAUUACUGUGUUCUUUAAAAAUUUAUUGUAUGUUACUUGAAUCAAAAGAAGUUUCUCCAACGAGAUAAGACUUAGGGAUAGGUUUAAUGGUACUUUGAAACAGCAUCAGACCAUGAUGAAGUUGUGCAAAGAGAGCCUGAGGUAAUUUUGGCUUUUUAUAUAAUUAAAAAGAAUAAAUAGACACUUCUAUAAGGCAAGAAAGCUUAUUUCUUUUAUAGUCAAUAAAAUAUUACCCCAAUCACCAAUACAAAAAUCAUUGAAAAUCACUGAGACAAUGGCUUUAAAUAAUACUAUCUUCUAUUGCAAAAUCACAGUACAAAUUAUUGUAUCCCAUAUAUUAAUAUGUAGGAUACAUAGUUUGUGAGUUAAACUAUGGAAGAUUAGAAUAUUUUCAAGGUUAUAUGCCAUUGCCAAAGAAUUUUGUAUGUUUUUCUUUAAUAUCAAACUUCUGCCCAAUUAGCAUCUCAUUAAUGUUUUCCUUUCCAAAAAAAAUCUAUCGAGGAAAAUCUUUCAAGAUUUUUGUUCCUCCAAAAUUGGUAAAAGAACAAAACUAACUAAUCUUGCAUAUAAUAAUGUCUUGAAGAAUAAAUUUGUAGCAGUAGUGCUGUCUGACUUUUGAGUCAUAGUAGAACAUCUAGUAUUGUGAAAAAGCCAUUGAAAGCUCAACAGUUAUCUUUAUUUGUAUAUUUUUUACUGAGUUAUAUAAUAAAUAGUCUGUUCAGAAAGUUAUCAGUCUGUCUUGAGUUACAUGUUUAGGUUACAAUUGUAAAUUUACUGUAAAUGAAUUAGUCAUAUACUACUAUUGUACUGUAGCACAUCUCCUUCUGGGAUCAUACCCAUUUUUCUAUAUCAAGUAUAGGAAAUUUUGCCCAAAAUAUAGGGCAAUGAUAGGGUAAAAUUAAAAUAUUUUUAUAUAAUUUAUAAAACAAAUAAACAAAAUCUGAACUGACUUCUUCUCCACUUAUUCUUACCCACAAUUCACUCUUUAUUUCACAAUAAGCAUGAUACUUCUUGUAUAACAAUGAAAACAAUAAAAGCAACCAUAACAGUAGCAUUGUACAAGAGAGCUAUUGAUACUUUUCACACACACACACACACCAAGAUCACUUUGCAUUUACUUGUUUUUUUGUAAGAUGUUAUUCCUGAAAGUUUGAUGCUAAAACAUUCACUAAGUCAUAUUUUAUUUUUCCUGUUCUCUUACCUACUGCAGAUUUCAUGUCAGUAUUUACAUUUUCCUUUGUUCAUUUUCUAACAUUGCUAAAGCUUUGUGUCUUUUUUUCAGUGCAUCUUAAAAGUUUGGACUGGCUUCUUUAAGUAUCUUAUUGUUAACUUCAAUGUCACCCUGUUCUGUCUUUAUUUACUAAACCAUUCUGCUUCUCUUAUAUUCUUCCUUACAUCAUUCUUUGUCUUGCAGUUCCUCUUCUUCCAGGCCUUGUACAUACUGUGAGUGAACUGAUUGUCCAACUUACAACAUAAUUUAUGUUACUGUAAUUAGUUGUGGAUUUCCUCCAUUUAAACUGUCACCAACUCUUAUCAUUUGCAAAGGAUUGAUUAAAGUUUCAUCAAGCUAUUGAUGGCUUUGCAAAAGACAUUGUAGGUGGUUUGGAGAUUACAGAACCCAAGGUUCCUGUCUGUAUAAUGAGAUCAUUUAUUGGUGAGAAUGUUUUUGUAUUUAUGUUUAAACUGUUGUUACGUAACAUCAAUAGAUUUUUGUAACACCAAUCACCAUCAACUACAGAAUUUUUUCUGUCCAUCUUUGCCUUAUGCAUGUCCAACUAGAAAUGUUUGUGAGUGGUGCACAACUGUCUCUCUUUUUCUAUGAUUUGUCCAGCAUCUCAUAUUUUUAAUAAUUUAAAUGUAAUUGUUUUUGUACCUGUUUACUUAGUGUUUCAGCAAACUGAAUGGUAUGUGACAUAGAAAAUAUAUCUUCUACAAGUAUCUCCUUUACUUAUGAACCGUUAACACAUCCAACAUGUUCUACAAGUUUUGCCUUGACUUAUGAACCAUUAACAUAUCCAACAUCUUCUACAAGUUUCUCCUUGACUUAUGAACCAUUAACAUAUCCAACAUCUUCUACAAGUUUCACCUUGAGUUAUGAACCAUUAACAUAUCCAACAUCUACAAGUUUCUUCAUAACUCCAUUAACAUAUCCAACAUCUUCUACAAGUUUCUCCUUGAGUUAUGAAACAUUAACAUAUCCAACAUCUUCUACAAGUUUCUCCUUGUAUUAUGAACCACUAACAUAUCCAACAUCUUCUACAAGUUUUGCCUUGACUUAUGAACCAUUAACAUAUCCAACAACUUCUACAAGUUUCUCCUUGUCUUAUGAACCAUUAACAUAUCCAAUUACUUACAACAUUCUGGAUGAGGACUUUUCAUAUUUUAUAUUGCUACAUGAAAUGAACUUGGUUGUGGACAGAGCAUGGAAUUCUGCAGGUUUGCAAUUCAUGUUCUGAUAGUUCUUCAAAAAAGUCAGAUAACAACUUCAGCUCUUGUAACCACACCAUAACAUCAUAGAAAUGUUUAGGAAAUAUUACGUGUGGAUUAGUUUUCAAUAAAAUGAUGCAGUUGAGCAUAUUGACACUUCCAGAAAGACUGAACUGCCUUACAAAUCAGUUUAAAUUGGCAAAUCCAGACAAAGGUAAAAAAACAACAUGUGCUACUAUACUUGUUCUGCUACAGUAUGGCUGACCUCUGCAUACUUUUCAGUAAGUGUCAGUGGUCUGCCUACAUGGUUUGUUACAAGUGCAACAUAUCUCAUGAAAUUUUUUUAUGAACAUGGACACAGCAACACUGGAAUAAGGCCCACUUGGAUGUUAUACACUAUAAUAACUGCCUUGGCUUUGCAUCCUUGGUUGUAAUAACAUAUCAUUUGUUCACUUCUCUGCAUACUUGUUAGUUUCAUAUUGGUUUAAUGAGAUGCACUGUGACUAUUUAUACCAAGGUAAGUAUGCCAUACAACCAGUUGUUGCACUUCCAAUGACAAUUGUGGCAAUUCAAUCUGCAUGAUACCCUUUUUCCAGAAUACUUUUUUUACAAUCUUAUAUUUUUAUAAGAAUUAAAGGGCAAAUGUGGGUCAUCAAAAAACAAAACUAUGGUUAUUGAGCAUAAACAUGUAUAUGCACAUUUAUUCGAUCUUUUCAAACAGUUUAUCUGGUACUUUCUUCUCUUUUUUCCUAAUACAAAGUGCAGUUUUUCCUAUUAAUGUGUUUUUCUGAUCUUAUACAUAUUCAAUACUAUUCAUUCACCAAUAACAAAGCAACAGAAAAUGUCAUGUAAUUUUCUUAAUUGUUUAUCCUGCUAAGCAGUGUAUGCAUCAUUCACUUAACAGUGUGUUGAUCCAAUGUGUGCUGGUGUUAAAAACAUAAGUUUGUGAUCUGUUGAUUACUUCCAUAAUAAUUUGAUAAUCAUAUUCAAGAAAAAUGUUGUCUACUUCUUUCAUUGAUCCCUAACUAGUGAUUCUUACUGGAAUUUCUAGAAAGAUACUACUGUAAAUGUACUUAUAAUGUUGUGAUAAUAACUUCAAGUGUUGGGAAGUUGAAUAGAAUAUAUCUGCACUUCCAUUAACAGCUAAAAUGAAAAUUAUAUAUGUUGUCAUUGUUUGGUAUAAAAUAAGUAAAAAUUAAUUUUAAGGCAUAAAUUAUUAACAUAGAAGGUUACAGGAUUAAUCCGUUUGUACACUUUGACUAACAGUUUAGUAAACUUUACUCAUCCUGUCCAAAAGAACUUUGAGUAGUGCCAGUGGUGAAGACUUGUUUUUGUACGUAACUUGUAUGUCUUUGUAAAUAUGUACAUUUUUGCCAUAUGCUGUGUAAGUUUAAAUUGUUUGUAUAAUUGCUUCCUUUAUAAAAUUAACAAAAUUCAGAUAAUUUAUUUCCUCAAAGGAUUUCCUUGUUUAUAAAAUUUGUUUAUUAUCA